CCGUGGGCAGGAGACCCGCCGCCGCCCGGAGGCCCAGGCUCCGCCCCUUGCGUCCUCGCGCUCGGCAGCGUCAACACCGUUGCGGCGGUGUGACUUUUGCGGCGGACAAUAUGGCGGCCUCCGUGCUGGGCCCUCUGCUGCGGACCGUCCGGCAGAUGGUUCCUUCACCAGCUUCAGGCCAAGUACGAGGUUACUAUGUAGACUGGAGAAUGUUGCGUGAUGUGAAGAGACGAAAAAUGGCCUACGAAUAUGCAGAUGAGAGACUACGGAUCAAUUCGCUCAGAAAGAAUACCAUUUUACCAAAAGACCUUCAGGAAGUGGCUGAUGAAGAAAUUGCUGCCCUCCCCCGGGAUAGCUGUCCUGUUAGAAUCAGAAAUCGGUGUGUUAUGACGUCCCGUCCACGUGGUGUAAAGCGGCGCUGGAGGCUUAGUCGUAUCGUCUUUCGUCACUUAGCCGACCAUGGGCAACUGUCUGGGGUCCAGCGAGCAAUGUGGUAAUCAGCUCCAGAACUUACUGAGCUUGCAGGGAAACCAGUUCUGGCAAGAAAAGACUUUUCAAAUAGACAAAACCUAGUUGUUAUUCAGAUCCAGUAUAGGAGUCUGACAAUCUGCCUGAUGCUGUCUGUAAAUUAAAUUACUUUCAAAUUUUAAAAUGAAGAAAUUUGAAUGUUUCAUUCUGCCAGUGAGUUCUGACUGUCAGUGAAUUAUUCUCUUGGAUUUAGUAAAUUAAACAUACUAUUCCCAUGCAUGGUUCAAAGACUAGAGUAAUAAAAAUAGUUUCUGUGAAAAUA